AGAGAGAAGAGAGAGAGACAGAGAGAGAGAGAGAGAGCAGAGAGAAUGGCGGGAAAAGAGCGUCCUUAGAGAGGGAAAACAAAACCAUUCAAUCUUUAUAUCCUUGUAUUCCUAUCCUCCACGCUAUUACUAUACUCUUGCAUUCGAUCUCACUAACAAUCAUGGCCCAGAUAGAAACCCUAGGCAUUCUCCAAGAGAUCGAAGCUCUCGUCUCUGACAAACUUCAAGUGGUUUCAUACAAGUGGCUGAGUCGCAAUUUUUUGGUGUCAUCAAAUGCUGCAAAGAGGUUGCUUCAAGAAUUUGUGGAAAAACAUACAAGUGGUCUGGAAGUAGUAUAUACUCUGUCUGGCUGGUUGCAGAACAAUCCUCCAAGUUACCAUAUAAGGCUUGUUUCUGGGCCCAAACUUGAAGAUGCUAAACAAGAAUAUGACGGCAAUUGCUCACUUCAUGUCUAUAGUGUGCAAGCUGCAAUUCCAAAUGAUCCAGCUGCACUUUGGAACGAUGAAUUUGUGCAAGCAGAAGAGCUCUUCAAGCAGCCCUCUGCAGUUGAUAAUUGCUUGAGAGAUAACAGGUUCUGUGGGAUUCUUAAUCCCUUUGUUAAGCGCAAUGUUGAUGGAACUCCCAUUAACAAUACAACUCUGCAGCCCAAAAGUGUGAGAAUCCUAGGGCCAUCCAAGAGUAAUUCUGCACAUGAAAACAUUAUAGUUCCACCUCCUCAGCAAGUUAAAGUUGAUCAAUCGGGCCCAAAGGUUGGACAACAAUCUACCAAUUUGGUGAAAGAUAUAAAAACUGAAAGUCAUGGGACAGGAGUACAUUAUCAGGCCUCUAAGCCAUCUCUAGAUAGAGAAAAAGUCCCUCCGUUGCCUACUAAUGAGAAGAAAGGUCAGAAUGAUAAAAGUUCCAUUGGAAAUGGAGGUUCAUUGGCAAGUUUGUGGGGUCGUGCAUCAGCAAAGUCAAAAGUCACAUUGGCACCUGCAGUCAAUAACAGUCUUAUUUCAGAUCCUGCUGCCAGUGCAGAAGCUCAAAUUUGUGCUUGUGAAGCAAUAGAGGAUCAGAGCAGUGAUGAUGAGGCUCAAAACGUCAAUUUUAAGAGAGCCUCAAAUGGUGAAGGAGGUAGAAAAAGGAGGGUAGUUCUUGAUUACUCUGAUGAUGAGUAUGAAGAUGCUGUCAGCCUAGCAUCACCAGAUCUUCCAAAGGGGACAAUCGUUAAGACCCUUCCUGUGAAACCCGUUGUCAAUGACCAAACAGAAGGCAAACUGAAGGUCAAGGAAGAAAAAUCUACCGACAGAGCAUCUGAUCAAGUUGUGAGGAAAAAUUCUUCAGUUGCCCGCAAGAGUAUGAACUCUAAGGACUCCUCUAAAGAGAAUAUCCAGAACUGUAUUGAUGGCGAUGAUGUUAAAGCAGAUAUAGUUGCUAAUGCUGCUCCAAAUUCACCCAAAAGGAGAAAAGUAUUGAAGACCUGCAUUGAUGAGCGUGGUAGAGAAGUAACUGAGGUAGUAUGGGAGGGGGAAGAGACAGAAACAAAGAAAGCUGACAAUAGCGCAAUGAAGAAAGCUGAAACUAAUGCAAUUACAGAUAGUGUUGACAGGGCAGCUGCAGUUAAGAAGUCUGCUUUAGGAAAGACAGCUCCAUCCAAACCAGGAGGCAAAACAGGGAACAAAAUGGGAGGAAGCAAGGACGCUAAACAAGGCAGUCUUCUAUCAUUCUUCAAUAGGGUUUGAAAAUGUAUCAUAUAACUAACUCGCUCGCUUCCAUUUUCAUUGUGUUUCUUUACUCUGUUUUUGGUCUUAAGCUCCCUCUUUCCUCGUAUAA